AGCCGGGAAGAAAAAUCGGAUGUCCGAGAAGGCAAUGACGACACAAUGGCACGGAGGCCGCAAACCCCAGAGUAAACAUAAAGAAGCUCUUGCGGGGCCUCAAAAGAAGAGGGUCCCUAUCCUCAGUGUAAUCAAACAUUGUUGGACGAAGAGCGGUGUUGAGUCGCCAGCCAAUCUACCACUCCCCCUUGCUGAAAUCGAAACAAAGUAUAACGCAAAUGUUGAAAAGAAGCGGGCGGAACUUGGCUUGACUCAAGAAGAUGACAUCGAUUCUGAUGUGGAAGAUGAUGUCAUCCUUGAGGCAACAGGGGUGUACAAGGGUCGGCUUUCAUGCCUCGGGGCUGAGGGGCAACGUAUUUUGUACGAUCGCAGCGGCAGCGGAGCUUCAUCAUCUUCUCAAUCUAGACGAGGAGAGGAUCCACGCAUUGC